AUGGAAAUAUACACGCAAUUUAAACAGAAUGGGUAUUUCACAGCGGAUCUCUAUCAUUUAUUGUUUAAGAAGAAGAAGAUCGUGGACACGGAGGAAAUCAUUCCCUCCGAAUAUGUAAAGGAAAUGAAACUCAGUACCCAGGAACGUUUGCAGACCCUUCACAAAAUAGAAGUGGAUAACAUAAUUAGCGUAGGUGGCAAACAUAACCCUGCCAGUGUGAUCUUAGAGUUCGCGCCGAAGCUUCUCGUCUUUCAGAACUUUAAACCGAAUGAGAAAGUCACUACGAAGUUUUCUGUUAAGAAUAUUAGCAAGGCGUCGACACACCUGACCUUGAUAUACAAGGAGUCUUCGCUGAUCACCGUGAAGCCGGUAGGCGGGAAGCUGCUGUCGCGGCUGGCGCCCGGCAUGAGCGUGACCUUCAACGUCGUCUUCCGACCCGAAUCGUUCUUGGACUUUGCGCACAAGGUCACGUUUACCACCGACAAGGACCACCCAUUUUCGUUUCAACCGAAAUCUGUAUAUUUGAAUCCAAACGAAAAUGUUGAAAUUAAAGCAAUUUUUAAAACAAUGCGGCAAGGAUCAGUUGAUGGCACAGUAUUCGCAUUAUUUGAAACCGGUGAAAUAUUUAAAAUAAGACUUUUCGGAUCAACGUUUCUGGUCAGCGUUGAGCUUGAGAAGCAGGUGGUAAGGUUUCUGGAGACGUACAAGACGAUGGUGCGGCAGCAGACCUUCAAGAUUACCAACAAAUCUGAGCACCUCCUCACGUACAUGUGCAUGAAAAAUGAAGAUGUCAUACACGAUUUCGACGAAAAAGUGAAACUAGCACAUAUACUCUACGAAUUUAAAAGAUGCGAAUCAGCAAAAUGCCAAAAACUCGUAUAUUAUGAUGUUCUAAAGAGCGACGAACACGACCGUGUGUACACUCGGAUAUUCUUUGACCAGAUACAUUCUCUUGUCGCUGAUGAAACGUUACAUUUUCAGGAUACGCAUUUUUCUAUUACACCCAUUAAAGGAAACCUAUGGCCAAAUAAAUCGACAGAACUAACCAUAACUUUCAAUCCGCAAGCAAUAGGCGAGUUUAGAGCGGUGGCCUAUUUGGACAUAGACGGCACGCCAGACCGCUGGCCGCUUUCAAUGGUCGGGACGUCGCUACCUCCGGAAAUUGUGCUCAACUUGGAAACCUUGGAUAUGGAUCGUGUUUAUAUAAAUAAGAAAUACAACUUUGAAAUACUGGCGAUUAAUAAAGGUCACAUAAACGGUGUGAUAGUAUACCAAGACACGCCAACGCUGUUCGGCAGCCGCGUGACGUGCUCGCCCGCGUUGCGCUGCCUCCGUCCCGGAGAACGGGAUAUCUUCGUCAUAUCCUUCAGCAACUCUAAUCAGGGACCGUACUUUGAGGAGGUCAACUUCCUCAUACGCGAUACUGAUGUUGUGUUGAAAUUAUAUUUAAAAGGAGAAGUGAUUUACCCUUCGGUAAGGUUUAGUAUACCAAGUUUGGACUUUGGAACUGUGAGUCUAGGAGUACCGAAUACCUUAGAAUUUGACGUUAUAAAUGAAUCGAUUGUGGAUGUAAGCGCAUCUGUGAAAAUAUCAUCUGAUGGCCCGGAAGUCAGCGGCAUCACGUUGGUUGACUAUGCUUUGGCGGAAAUGCCAAAGCCGGAAAUUCCUCAGUGGCCGAGAGAAUUUGACAUACAACCAGCAAAAAUAAAUUUGGGACCCGAAUCAAGGAUUUCUUUAAGAGUUACUUUAACUGCAAACUUAAUAAGAGCAAACCAAACAUCUCUCGAACUGGAGUUAGAGAAAUCGGACAGCCCGCCGAUUAUUUUACCAGUGACGUUCGACGCAAGAGUUCCCAAGAUCACUCCCGCGCCCGACAUCAAUCUGCGAGCGUGCUUCAUAGAUUUCCCUUAUCAGUAUGAAAUACAGAUUCAAGCGAACGGGAUUAAAGGAUACUACACUAUCGUAGAGCAGGAAGUACAGACGUCUUUGCAAGUGAUAGUCGGCAAUAAAGAAGGAUUUAUCGAGCCUUAUAGUGUUAUUACCUUCCCAGUUAUUAUAAGAACAUGCGCUCUUGGUGUGCAAGAGUAUAUGAUCAGGAUAAAUUUAUUUGGUUUGUCAAAACCCGUGGACAUAUGCCACGUGCUAGAGUGCGGGGUGCGGCCGAUCGUCACCUGCACACCUUUGGCCCUGCAUUGGGGGCAGGUGAAGCUGCUCACUAGGUCACGGAAGACGUUGACCCUGACCAAUGACUCGCCUGUCGUCGUGCACUUCAGAGCUUCAGUGUUAAACCGCGACGGAAGAUGGCAGAUCCAGCCAAGUGAGGGACAGAUCCAACCGGAGAGCGAGACAGAUUUGUGCCUCACGCUAUAUCUGAUCGAUGCUGACACAUACGUCAACAAGGCUGUGGUUCAGUUGGAAAGAGUUAAGGACAUUCUCAUCCCCCUGUCAGCCACUGGAGUGGGAACAAGCAUUGUAGUUGGUGAGCUACGAGAUAAGGUACUUCUCGGAAGACAUUUUACAAAUUUUCAACUCAACUGUAAGGUGGAAAUGGAAAAUAAAGGGACGAGAAUGCAUGCUUUGGAAUGGAGCGAACAUUACAAAGCACCUAAGACGCAACCGCUAACUGCUGGAUUUUUUAAUCUAGAACCUCGAAUUUUCAAAAUGGCAGCUGGAGAAAAAAUGGACUUGACAAUAACAGGCGUUUCUCAUAAAGUAGCUACUGUUAAAGAAAUGUGGUACUUAGUAGGUAGCGUGGAGGGCAUAAAUAAAAAGGAACUUUUAUUGGAAUGUGAAAUUAUUGCCGAAUUUGUGGACCCAAAAAUAGAAGUCUCGACGCCACUAGUAGAGUUACAAUAUGAUUUUGGACCAUACAGCGAGUACUAUAAACUGACAGAAAUAGUAACAAUUAAAAAUGUAUCUAAACUACCUUUAGAUAUAGACCUAAACGUUAAACCUCCCUUUGUAAUUAUCAAAAAGAAAAAUACGUAUAAGAUUGAACCGGAGGAAGCAAACUUAUGUGCCUGCAUUUCUUAUCGAGAGAGUGAUUUAAAUGUAGCCAGCAUGCUUAAAGUCGGAGCCAAGCAAUCAAAAGUAUUCAUAGACUAUUUAACGUCAAGACCAGUAGAACCAUUAAGAAAGGGUCCGCUGAACUUCUUCCAAGAUAUAAACAAAAUCAAAAUGGCAUUUAAUUUAACCCAAAGCGUUGAAGAGCGUCUAGAGGAUCAAGAAAUUAUGAAGAUACAAAUUCUGUUCGACACUACGAAACAUAUGAAUUUGAAAUCUAGAAUCUAUAGUGACUCAAUGAGAAUUCAAUUCAAAGGUCAUAAAAAUAAGGAUGCUGUUAAGAUAAUUGGAAGAAUAAAUUUCCCCAAUAUAUUGGUUACGUCUCCAAGAAUAGAUUUUCAAUGUAUUGUCAAUAGCUGCAUCGAGAGCAAAACAAUACAACUUCAAAACCUGACACCGCUGCUAGUUUGCUUCAGGUUCCAAUGGAAAAAGUGUGUCAUUACUAGUAAUGUCAUGUUUGACCUGAAGCCAUCUGCUUUAACAUCAAACGUUCCACCCAGUGAAGAAAGUGAUGUUAUUCCCGAAUGCGGAGAUGUGAAAAUAAGUAAAACCAAAAUAAUUCGAAAAAUCGCUCCAAUGAUACCUUUUCAAUACGAUGUUAAAUUUCCUUGGCUUUGGAAAUUCCGUAAAUUAGAGCAUGGCAAUAAAAUAGACACAAACCAAUUGCUAAGAGUCACGCCAUUUAAAGGAAUAAUGAAACCCAGUGAUUGUCAAAAUAUUCACAUCAUAUUUAAUCCCAGUUGGAAUGUGAAUGUGAAAGCUGUACUGGAAUGUGAAGUGUUAGGAGGACCAUCGGAGUUUAUUAGUGUUACAGGCCAAAGUUCAGAGAUAAAAUACAAUAUCAACACUCUUAAGUUAAAUUUCAAAAUCCGAUCUUUCCACGACAAUCAAACGGAGUUUUUGAUUCUAACUAAUACGGCACGAUUGGUCUUUGAAUACAAGACGUAUUUGAAUGAACCAAAGUUUGAGACCGAGCUCAAUGGUACAAUACUGGAUUUAUUGCCUUCAGAAAGCAUCUUACAGCCCGAGGAAAAGAUAGAGAUGAAGGUUGUGGUGCGGCCCGGUGUGCUCGGUUACUUUAACAGUGUGUUCUUAUUGGAGGUGGGGCACCUCCCGCACAUUCCUAUUCAAGUGUUCGGAUGGGUCAUUCCUCAAGUAUAUCUUUCAUUACCGAGGCCAGAAAUUAUAAAUUUACCACCUGAGACAGGUUAUUUGGCUAUCCCAACUUUGACUGAGGAAUAUAUAGGUGCCAUCGGCGAAAUAUUCAGCCACACAACUACCAGAAAUCACGUAAAUACACCUAUGACGGAAGGCUGUUUUAUGGAUCCUGAUAUUCAACGCGAUUGGCACAUUUGCUCAGAGUGGGAUGAGUAUCCUUCGAUUAUGGAUAUUGACUUAGCUAUUGAGAGAUUGCUAGUGAUAGAACACAUUAAAUUGCGCCCAGAAAUUUUAUUGGCAUAUUCCGCGAAAACAAAAUCAGGUCCUAUUCCUGGAUUUCUAACAACGCCGUACGUUGUCGAUUUUGGAGUUGUUAUUACGGGUAGCAUGGUUCAAUGCGUAGUAGAAAUAAUCAACUACGGUCCAAUAGUAACGAAACUGCAUUUGGCUAAGCCGAUAAACAUGCCAAGCUGGCUGGGCUUGAAGCUGUGCGGCAAGUUGAACCCGGGCGAGAGCGGGAAAAUGGAGGUCACCUUCUCACCCAACUUAGAAGAUUUCUAUGAACUGGAACAAGAUGUUGAAAAUACUUUCAAAAUAGAGGUGCCUUAUGGAAUCACAAUUCCAGUUAAAAUAAAAGCACUUUGUGCUGUCCCCUAUCUUGCCUCGAACGUCGAGGCCAUAGACUUUGGGCAAGUGAGAUGUGGUGACAAAAUAAUUAACACAAUUUCUUUAAAAAAUGUGGGAAAACCAACAUGUAUCUGGUACGCAACAUUGAGGCUUAAAGUUCAAGGACAUAAUCCUAUGACAGUGCUGGAUAAUUCUGGAAAAUUUGAACCCGGGGAGGGUGGAUAUCUCAGCAUUGCUUUCAAACCAAUCACGGAAAUGGUAUAUGAAGGCAUGUUACUAUUCCGGUUCCAUAUGAACCCCAGGAAAAUGGCAAUACCAGUAAGAGGGGUUGGCAUCAUUCCUCAAGUCCAUGUGAUCGGAGGAAACGUUGCUUUUCCUCCAACGCUGCCGUGGGCAGAAACAACUGAUAACUUCUUCGGCUUGACUAACCCCUGUCCUUUUCCCAUAGAAGUUAUAUUCGCACAUAGUGAUCAGAAGCCUCCCAAAACACCCAAAACUGGAAAACAAUUACCGUCUGCUAAAAUAGCCCCAGAAAUUGUACAAAGAAAAUUUAGAUCGGAAGCUGAAAUUAUAGCAGAUGAAAUAAAAGCUUUAAAAGAUAACGGCAGAGAUCCACUGAAAGAAUGCAUGGACGCAUUUGAUCAUCAUAGUCCUAAUAACGAAAUUGAGGCACAAUCUAAAGGACUUAUUGUUUUUCUACAUGGUUCGCCGGGUGAAGAAAAUUUAUUAAAAUAUUUUAUACAUUUUAAUCUUUUUAAAAUUUUAGAAUUGCAAUCACAAGAAAUGGCAUAUACGAUUGGUAUGAAACUAGGUAUACCGACUGUUAAUAUUGAUAUGUGUAUGGUAGAAGCACUAUGCUGUCUUGAUACUGAAGCCAAAACGAUAAUCAGGGGUGCUAUGGACGAAGCAUAUGAAAUAUACAAAAGAAGUGUCGCGAGAGAUGAUGAAGUAGAAAACGAACAUGCUGAAGAAACUGAAGACGAAUUUGAAGUAGUUUUAACCAAACUGCAAGCCUUAGCAAACAGUAAAAAUACGACUACACCUCGGUCAAAGGCUGGCGACAAGAAAAAAAAAGAGAAAGAGAGCAGUGCUGUAGAAGCUAUGGGAUCUACGACGAUGUUUCAACAAGACUUAACACAAGACCUGCUGACAGACUUCUUUGCUCAGCCGAAAUUCAAUCGAGGGUUUGUCGUAGACUCAUUAACGAGUUUUACGUUCAACCAGCCAGCUAUAGCACUCACCACACUCAUCAAAAGCAAGCAAUGCAUACGGAACCUACAUUUGAUACUGUGUCAAUCAGAAUUUAGCAACUGGGCACAAUCAUAUGAAGAAGCUCAACGUGAAAUGGAAUUGUUAGAAGAACCUGUGGAAAAAGUAUAUGAGGAGGCAGAAAUUGUUGAGAUAGUAAAAGAAAUUGAUGAAAUGGAUGGCGACGAUUUUGAAAAGUUAACUCCGGAAUUUAAAGCUUUAUAUGUCACCUAUGGUUUGGAAGCAAGAAGGAAAAAAUUUAUCGAGAAGACUGGUUAUUCUAGAAUAGCCAAACAAGACGCAAAAGCAGACGGUAAAUCCGCACUUAUCGUAAAAAGUUCGGUCGAACAGAAAAAGCCGAAAAAAGAUGACAAAUCUGGGAAAAAUACAAGCCAAUAUGUGGAAAUGCUUAUGAAAUACAACGAGUAUUACAAAAUUACAUAUGACAGCUUGAUUACUAUUGCCAACAAUUGGAUAUUUGACGAAGGUGCCGUUGGAUUCCCAUUGUACGCUUUAAACGGUCAAAUAUUGGGCAAUGUGCAGAAAAAACCAAAGACGAAGUCCGAAACACAUGUCGUACUGGUCAAGAAAUGCGAAUGUAAUCAAAUUACUGAUUUAAAUCUUUUGGAUGAUACAACUCAAGAUAAUGUUAUUAAUGUCUUGUCAAAAUGGCACUCUUCCGCCAAGCGCAUAGUAUUGGGGCCAGGUGAUCUGGUGCGCUGCAAGUACUCCUUCAGUCCGCAGUGGGAAGGCCACUUCAGCGUAAAGCGGUUCGUGGAGGUCAGCGGGUGGCCGGAGUCGAGAGUUGACAUUCACGUUACUGGCAUCUGCGACUUACCCAGAAUAGACAGCAGACCGAAGAAAAUGUUUGCUAAUUUUGUUAGAAGAGCAAACUUUGAAGACAACGUAUAUAAAAUCACCUAUUUAGAUGAUCUCGACUUAUUUGAGUUUGGACCAAUUUUUAUUGGACAAAAUAGAAUAUAUGAAGAAGAAUACACAAUUGAUUUAAAGAAUUCUUCAUUGAUCACAGCGGACAUUGUAAUUGAAUUUGCUGAACAGACCAACGUUUUUGGACUGGACAAAACUUACAUAAGUCUCGAACCCGGCUGCCGCGGAAAGCUGACCGUGACAGCAGCUCCGGCGGAGGUGGGAGUUCACCAGAGCCUGCUACUCUUCUGCGUCAAGGACAACCCCGAGAUCGUCACCGUGCUCAUGCAAUGCAGCGGCGUCGUGCCCAUCUUGGAGAUAUUGCCGUUAACUAAGAAUAUAGAUUACGGGAAGCUUUUAUUAUAUCGCCGAGAAAAUGAUAGAUUUAUUGUUAAAAAUGACUCAAUUCUGCCAAUAAUGUGGAAAGUCCGAAAUCCUGAAGAAUUUGCAGAAGACUUUAUAAUUUCUGAUACAUCAGGCAUCGUGCCCAGAUAUGACAACCAAGUUGUUCCAGUAACCUACAUCGCUUGCAGAGUCGGUGUUAUUUCACACAAAAUAUUGAUUAUAGACAUAUACGACGCAGAGGGACGCGGCAACCCCAUGAUAGUGGAUCAGUUGUACCUAUCGGCGGAAUGCUAUGACGUCAUGGUGGAGUGCGCCUACGAGAACCCGGCCGACACCUGUCUCGACUACGGCAACGUCAAAGUUAACUCCACCUACUCCAAAAUGAUGUUUCUCCUCAAUCGCGGCAAAUAUAACAUUUAUUUCAAAUUAAAGAAAGUGAAGAAUUUCCCCGAGCCGUCUCUGCUGCGAUCCUUCGAGGUGUCCCAAGAAUGCGGGGUGAUCCCAGUGAACAUGAAGUUAGUGGCCAUCGAAUUCACGUGCACGCCCACAACGUCGAUGAAUCUAGUUAAUGUGCCAGUCUACACGUGCUCGUUGCUCGAUGGCUCCAAGAAACAGGUCGUGGUGGCCAAGUUCCCAGUUUGCAUCACUCUUGCGUCCUUCUAUAAUACAUUUACUCUUUUCCCAUUGGGUGAGCUCAAUUUCAACAUUAUCCCUAUUGGCACCGCUAUUAUGAAGGAUGUGAUAUUAAAUAAUACCAGUAAAUGUCCAGUUACUUAUGAGAUCGUGCUUCCAGAGGAGUACCAACUCAGUGCAGAUCUAACGGUGAAAGUAAAAGAUAAUAAGCUUAAAAACCCUCCAAUGAAAUGCGGCAACUUUUUAAUAUUAAACGAAGACAACUUGAUUGCCCCUGGAACUAGCCGCACAAUUCAAAUGCAGUUUUACGCCAGCGGGCCCGGGAUGUUUAGAGAAACCAUCAACUUUAUUAUAAGCGAUACGUGUCCUGCCGAAGCUUGUGGAGUGCCACUGAGGCUUGUCGGCAUCGGAGCCAUGCCGACAUUAGAUUUCUGGAACACUGAAAAUACGUUCCGAGAGCAUUUGAUUAUGAAGAGCCUGGCGGAUUAUAAAGUGCCAGAGGAGUAUCGAGCCAUUUUAGAAAUCAAAUUGAAUCUCUUGAACAACCAGCAACAAUCUUUUAGGGUGUGUUUGAUAGGAGAAGGCGUCAUACCUCGUAUAAAGAUGGUCUGGCCACCCACGAGACAGUACAAGUGCUCACUGCUUCAAAUGCCCGUCACUUGUUUGGGCUCCAUCAGCAGUCGCGAAAUACGAUUUCAAAAUAUAUGUUCGGUGAAAAGUAAUGUAAUAUUGAAUAUACACCAGCCAACAAUGGAAGAGAGGAAUGUGUUUUGGUUGUCGGCGGCAGCCAAUUCGGAAAAGAAUGUUAUUAAAAGUCGCAAAGAUCAUAACGAAAUGAAAAUAAAGUUGAGAUUGAAACCCAGUGAACUAGCAGGCGUUCUUGUUCAUUACAACCCUGUAAAAAGAGGGAGGACGAGCUGUGAAAUUCAACUUACCAUUGUUGACAACCCUUACGAGUAUUUUACGGUGUUUUGUGAAGCUGAGGGAUUUAUGGAAGAUGUAAUAUUGAUUGGACUGGAAAUGUUAUCAAUGGACGUUGAUUUGGGGGCAAUACAGAAUGCUACUGACACGGAGUCAACUGUCUCGACUAUGGAUAGCAAAAAGAGAGCUGCAAAGAGAAAAGACACUAAAUCUAAUGAAACGAAGAAAACGAGAUCGUUUACAAGCUCGGUUGGCGUUAAAACCGAGCCGGCUUGCCUGAAAUAUGUCUUGGACUUCGGAGGGUGCGAGUUGAGUUUCAUGCAAAAACGAUCAGUUAUCAUGGUUAAUAACUCUGACAAAGUUUACAAAUUUAAGUGGGAUGAAGUCCCUAAUCUGAUUGUAAAACCAGCGCUCGGAUAUAUUUCACCGGCAGAAGAAAAGGACUUGGAAAUUGUGUUUUUCUCGAGAGAACCUGUCGCCCUAAAGAAGGAACUCAUGAUUUGUAACUUAUCGGCUGUCAGCGACAACUCCCUAACUCUGGACACCAAGGGGACCACAUGGGACAGCAGGCAGACUGUAACCGCAUUCGACCAUAAUUGUGAAACGUCUGUAGCUGAAAGAUCUGAACGAAUUAUAAGUGAACAGGUUAUUGACCCUCCUUCGGCACCGAUGGGUACCAUCAAAAUGAUAAUAAUGUAUUCGGUUACGACAGAAUAUACUAAAUAUACGCAUAAUUUGAAGGAAGAAGUUACACUAAGAGAUACUUUUAUAUACCAGAUGAGGAAAUUUGAUUUUAAAGUGACAAACAGUGGUAAAGUGCCGAUGAAAAUUACGUGGAGUUUCCAAAUCGACGAAGAUUUCCCCACGACAAUCGACAAAAAGUUGAAUAAAAGGCAAAGCAGGGACAGUAAGGAAAGUGCAGAUGGUAAGGAACGUCAAGAAACAGAUGCUUCUAAUACUAAAGAUUCCAGCAAAGAGACAUUAUUUAGUGAAAGUUUGGAGAGGUGCAGUGUGGACACCUGGUUUGAAAUCAAUCUACCCUUCAAGAUAGAACCGCCCAAGGAAUGUCUGCAGCCUGGACAAACUGGAGUUUUCACUGUUGCGUUUUCACCUCUUGAUGCUUUCGAGUACAAAGUUUUACUGAAAAGUUCGAUUGAUAAUUUAGAUCCAGAUGAUCAGAACAUGUUCUGCAGAAUAGUAGCGAAGUCCCUGGUACCAUAUUGCCACCUCGACAUAGAAGAGAGCGAUUACUUAACAUCCGGAAGGAGAAAAGAGACGGGAGUUGCUUUGCCGCAAAAUAUCACUGUUAUGGAGUUCAAUGUAUUGGGAUCAGGCUGCUAUAAAAAGUCGUUCAAUGUCAUAAAUCCUACUUGCGGAGGAUAUGAGUUCACCUUCGAAAUGGUGUCAGACAAGAUAGAGCUUUUACCUUUCCACUGCAACACGAUGAAAGGAUACGCGGAAGGCGGUACCUCCUGUGAGGUUACAUUUAUCUUCGCUCCGAGUGAGCCAGGGGUUUAUGAGUCGCAGUGGAAAUUUUCGGUACAUCAGCACAACAUAAAUAUGAACUUACUGGUGGUUGGCUUGGUCAGAGAACCCAAUGUAGUGUUCAUGCCCACAAUUUUAAUUGUAAGGAACUCUUUGGUUGGGUUCAGUGUCACUGACACUGUGAUGUUGACUAAUAAUGAGAAUGAAGUACUGAAGUUCGAGUUUAAAGGCAACUCGCUGUUGAAUGAGUCCGGCAAGACGCCCGUGAUUAUGGAGCCGGAGAGUGGAACAUUGAAGCCUCGUUCUGCGACGCCUAUCAAAUUUAUUUACACCCCAGUUGAUGAUGGUCCCUUGUCGUUCAAGAUAUUUUGUGCCAUCACAUACAUGACGAAGUAUUUGACGUUGUGUGUUAAUGCUCUAAGUCUUUCGAUAAGACCAAAAGUAACCUACUAUUUGAUCGGAAAUGAGCAUGUACUUGAUAGCAAAGCUAUUACAAAUAUACAUUUGGAUCAGACCGCAUCAACUUAUACAAGAACAUUGACAUUUAUGAUAACGAACGAGGGUUCUUCGACGUUCUUCUACGAGUGGGGCUACAACUGCUCGGCGGUUAAGAAGUACCUGACAGUGGCGGUUGAGCCGCGCUCAGGGCACGUGGCGCCCGCGAGCCAGGCUGAGUGUACCCUCAGCUUUACACUCAAAACUGUGCCGGUUCAAGCCUUCCCUGUGACGCUCUACAUUGUGGACGGACCGGAAUACAGUAUACUUCUCCACUCAGAAAUAGAAAAACCAUUGUACCAUUUCUCCUGUAAGGAUUUCGAUUUUGGAAACUGUAUCAUAAACGCGCCGGACAACACGUACAAGAAAACCAUGGUUUUUGUGAACGACGACAAAGUUCCUAUUAUCCUUGCCCUGGAUUUUGAAACCAUUCCCGAGCUCCUCGUAGACUACAAACCGGUGCCUGCAAUUCAGCCCAAGGAGCAUGUAAAAGUGAAGAUUUACUUCCGACCGAAACAACCGACACAUUAUGAUUUCCAGAUAAAGUUCUGGGUGAAUUCAUUAUGUGAAGAAAUCGUCACCGCUAAAGGAGAAGGUGUAAAGUGCCUUUUCGAUUUAUUCGAAGGCUGCGAAAAGAGUUUCGACAUGGGGCCAGUAAAAGUGGGCUCUAAGAUAGUUCGUCAGAUAGAGGUGAUGAACCACAGCAAGGUGGCCAUUGACGCCACUUUCAUAUUCAAGGAUAUGUACCCCUUGAUAGACGAUACGCUACAGUCAGAGGCGACGAGCGUGUGUCUCGAUCCCGGUAAUGCUGGUCCGGUUACGGACUUUGGGCCUUCCAGAACACAAAUGGUGAAAAAUUACAACGAUGACAAGAUACGGAAUCAAAUCGCAAUGGACAUAGAAAAUGCACUGUCGUCGUUAAAGGUCGUCCCAAAGGAAUGCAAGAUACUUCCUUACAGAAAAGUUUCUUUGAAGAUUCAAUUCAAACCUGUUGGCAUGAUCAGCGAUUUGAAUGUUCAGUUGAACAUGAGAGUUCUGAAUAUCGAGCGGCCGCUAGUGCGGUUGAGCGGCAGCGCCACCGGGAUGAGCCUGUGUCUGAGCCAGGAUUCGCUGCAGUUCGGGCGCGUGCGCAUCCGCGGCUGCAAGAUUCUGAAGGUCAUGCUGCUGAAUAAAGGAGACUUCGGGGCUAGGUUUUGGUGGCAACCGUUAAUGUCUGACGAAUUUACAAUUUCGCCGAUGCAAGGUCACAUCGCGGCGCACACGAAUGUAACCUAUACGAUUACUUACAGACCGAAAAGUCACAAUCCAUUUGUCAAACUAUGGGCAAGCUGCAAUAUCGAGAACUACAAGUCACAGGAGCUAGCUCUGUACGCUGCCUGCUUAGACUUAGGAGACGUGGCUGCCAAGACCAUGUACAUGGAGUGUCCUGUGCGGGAAGUGCAGACUCUCUACGUGCCGGUCACGAACCCAACCGAUGGGGGAUGGCUAGUGCUAUCCGAGCUGCCUCCCGGACCAUUCUCCACGUUAGGCCAGUGUACUGUCGAACCAAACUCGGUGUUCGACAUCCCGAUCUACUUCAAGCCGAAAACUAUGGGAAGGCACGAGAACCAAUUGCUAUAUACAAAUUUGGGCGAAGGCGCAAUGUUUAUAAGUCUACUUGGCAUAGCGUUGCCGCCGAAUCCUAACGGAACGAUAACCAUCAACGUGGCUGCCAAGGAUGUUCACACGGAGCUACUGAAGGUUCAUCAUAUCACCGAGUCCCCAGAAUCAUACGUAGUGUCGACAGAGGUGGUGAAAGUGGUCCCGGACAAGUUCGACAGUUUCUACGAGAUCAAGCACCCGGAGACCGUGAAGGUGUGGGGCGAGACGUACGCCACGUGCCGGUGGGACUACGCGUGCUAUGGCGAGUGCGAGAUGCACAUGAAAGUGGUAUUCGUAAAUAAGGACACGCGCGAGUACCAGUUCUACGAGAUCGUGGCCACCGUCACCCCGAGCGAGAUCGUGGACACCCUGACGCUGACGUCACGGGCGCGGGAAACGGUCCAGCGGGAGAUCAUUGUGAAGAACCCGCUAGCUGUGACGGUUACCUUCUCCGUGCACUGCAACCAACUGGACUGCCCUAGUUUAUUAGAAGUGGGACGGCAAUCUCAGGCGCCACUCGUAAUGUCUUACUCGCCACUGGUAGUCGGCGAAAGCGAGGAAUAUUUGGAGAUCCAUAACAGUUUCGUCGGCACAUACCUGUACAAGAUGAUACUGAAGUGUUUGCCCGCGAAGGCGAAAGAGCUGGAGAUAGACACGCCGAUCGGCAGUCGGGUGCCUAUGAGGCUUCGAGUACAGAAUAGGAGUGCCGUCAAAGCGGUCUUCAAAAGCAGUGUCACCCAUCCAUCAAUCACGACUGAUAAAGAGUAUGUCCUCGGGCCGGCCGAGAAGGGCAAGUUCCUCGUGUGGUUCGAGCCGACGGAAGUUGGGGUCCAACAGUGUACGGUUUCCUUUGACUCGCCAGACGCCGGAGAGUUUGUAUAUCACAUAACGGGCACGGCAAAAAUACCAAAGCCACAGGGGCCCUAUGUAGUGACGGCAGGUGGUUUCGCAGCAAUAACAUUCAAAAAUGUGUUUAUGGAGGACAGGACGUUUAAGCUGUCUAUCGAUAAACAGGAAUUUUACGUUAAAAAUCCUGUCGAAAUGAUACAAUCUAAAAAGGAAGCAAAAGUGUUUGUGUACCUGAGCGACAAGUGGGUGGGCGGCCCGCCGACCGGCUGCCUCACCAUCGAGAGCCUCGAGCCGCCGGAGCCGCGCGCCCAGUGGACUUACUUCCUGCAAGGAAUCCCCUGACUUUUCUAUUAUU